CAGUUCGAGACAAAUCGUUUCUGAUUGGCUGAUCAUAAAUAAUCUCUGUCAGCAAUAAAUACCGAUAUUCUGUUGAUCUUACAAUCAUAACACAGUUUGCCACGCAAGCAGAUUGACCAAGAAUAAAAGGCUACCAGAGACUAAAUCCACCCUUAUUUAUUUCUUAACAAGUCAAAAUGCCGAUCAUUGAAAAAAGCCAGGUCUUUGAUAGCCGUGAUGAAAUUGACGAAUGUUUUCUGGUCAGAAGAUUAUCCCUGUACGCCACUAUCCGCCCCGAGGACAUAAAAUCUCUAGGCGCGGAUCCAGGACUGACCAAAACCCCGCGCGGAUCCCGCGGGUCUCUCCAAGAUUUGUUCCGGCCCGCCCGGGAUCUCCACCAUGACCUGGCCAUCACCGAGGAGAGAGUGUGUGACGACACCCCGGUCAUUGACGGGCGGGGUUUCCCCAUCCAGUAUAAAUCGGCGGGAAUCAAGCCGCACGAAUUUCCCGUGAUCGGUUUCCAUGUCGACGAAAACAUCUGUCCAGGGUUCCGAUACCGAGUUCGCUACAUGGGAUCCAAAGACUUCCUGUUCAACGGAGAACCGCGCAUGCUCCAAUCCAUCGGCCUUGGAUAUGGGAAGCGACUGACUUUCUCGGGAGAAACUCUCAACAACAACGAGAACUACUUCUGGUCCGACAGUCGACCGGAAGGAUACGCAUUUACAGUAUGCGCAGUGGAAGCUGGCGACAAAUUCGUCAUCUAUGACGAAAUGUCACAUGUCGUUGGUGACGUUGAUAUUAUUGAGGUCGAGGAGAGCCAGACAGAAGAAAAGACCGUCUACGAGCCUGAUUACGUCAAAAAGAUCGUCCGCGUGCGUCUUACCGCCAACAUCCAGUACCAUAUACACCACGGUAUGUUGAUGGACGUCACAGACCACGUGACCAACCUCGAGGGUACUGCGGUGCUUGUACGUCACAGGGGCUCAAUGGCGGCAACUCUGCAGCAAAUCAGUGACGUGAACGUUCCCCGUUUCGGCAAGUGCUCGCUGUGGAAAGAAUGAGGGGGUUAUACUCCAGAAAAAGACUUUACCUCAAUAGGAAGCGACCAGGGGCUCCAAAUCCCCACACUGCCCGCGGGGUCCCAUCGAUGAUAGUCCCUGAUGCACGUGCAUUACACAGUGCCGUGCAAAUAACUGAUACCAUGUUACUUUCAGAAAAAUAUUUUACAUAUACAUUUGUAUACUGUUGAUGUUUUUUAUAUACAUUAUUGUUUUCAAUUUUUUUUAAGUUUAAAAAAUAAGAAUAAAAGGAUAUUCUUUGAGAAAAUU